CUACUGUGUAGACUGAGAAAUAAAGAAGCCCUUGAUUUUGCCCAUUGCAGUCAUCUCUCUCGAAUCUCUCUCUAUAAUCCGAUCUGAGAAAUUUCGCCGGAGCUAGGUUUUGUUGUUUACCGAUCAAUCCUUUAAUCAAUGGCAAUGGCUGUUUUCCGUCGCGAAGGGAGGCGUCUCCUCCCUUCAAUCGCCGCUCGCCCAAUCGCUGCUAUCCGAUCUCCUCUCUCUUCUGACCAGGAGGAAGGACUUCUUGGAGUUCGAUCUAUCUCAACUCAAGUGGUGCGUAACCGCAUGAAGAGUGUUAAGAACAUCCAAAAGAUCACAAAGGCAAUGAAGAUGGUUGCUGCUUCCAAGCUUAGAGCAGUUCAAGGCCGAGCUGAGAACUCCCGUGGACUUUGGCAGCCAUUUACUGCACUUCUAGGAGAUAAUCCCAGCAUUGAUGUAAAGAAGAGUGUGGUGGUCACUCUCUCUUCUGACAAGGGUCUCUGUGGUGGAAUCAACUCCACUGUCGUUAAAGUGAGCAGGGCUCUGUACAAAUUGAAUGCUGGUCCUGAAAAGGAAGUUCAGUUUGUUAUUGUCGGAGAGAAAGCAAAGGCUAUAAUGUUUCGUGACUCAAAGAACGACAUUGUCCUCUCUGUAACAGAGCUGAAUAAGAACCCACUCAAUUAUGCUCAGGUGUCAGUUCUAGCUGAUGACAUCCUGAAGAACGUUGAAUUUGAUGCUUUGCGCAUUGUCUACAACAAGUUCCAUUCAGUUGUCGCAUUUCUGCCAACUGUGUCCACUGUUUUGUCACCUGAGAUUAUUGAGAAGGAGUCUGAAAUUGGAGGAAAACUUGGCGAGCUUGACUCAUAUGAGAUUGAAGGUGGGGAAACAAAGGGAGAAAUAUUGCAGAAUCUGGCCGAGUUCCAAUUCUCUUGUGUGAUGUUCAAUGCGGUUCUGGAGAAUGCAUGUAGUGAGAUGGGAGCAAGAAUGUCUGCCAUGGACAGCUCAAGCAGAAACGCAGGAGAAAUGCUCGACCGUCUCACCCUCACAUACAACAGGACUCGUCAAGCUUCUAUUACAACAGAGCUUAUUGAGAUUAUCUCUGGAGCUUCUGCUCUUGAAGCUGCUAAAUAAGCCCAUCCGUGUUAGUUCUCUUUUCUUCGCUUUGAUAUUUACCCCCACCUUGAAGGAGAAGAGUGUGUUAAAAUUUUACUGAAUCAGUUUCCUUUGCUGGCUUCUUGUUGAGACCUACCAAUGUUUGCUCAACGAUUUUUAAUAAACAUACCUGUAAUUUCCAGCAGGAUUUCGAAUAAUUGCAUUAACAUUUUGUUCUGAUUCAGACUCGCUUCCUCCAGAGUCUGUAGUGUUGUUUUGUGCAAACACCAUGUACUCCGGUUUAUUUGAUAUUUUUUUACCUGAGCCAAUAUUUUGUCACUUCGCCAGGUUUUGAAGUUUGAAACUUUGAAUAAUCCCACAAACAAAUCUAAACAAUAUAUCCAAUG